CGUGCAUUUCAUCGUCAGUACGUGCGCGUGUGUGUAUAAGAGAGCCUGUCGCUAGCUGUCAGUACGUUCGCGUCUGUAACUUUAUAGAGAAAUGUAUGAUUAAAUAUGGACUCCUUGUCGUUUCUUAGACAUCCUAUGACUUCAUUAGAAUCCCUCAAGAGAGGAGUGGAGGAGUUGGAGUCUCGCGUCACUACUCUGGAGGAAGCGGUCGACGACGAAGCUCUCCUCAGCGUCAAAGCCCACCACAUCUUGAAGCAGAGUGAGAGACAUGUGCAGGAGCUCACAUUCCAGGCGGCGGAGGACCGUAGCAACACUGCCAGGAUGAUGGACCGCGUGGCAGAGUUGCAGAGGCAGCUGGUCAGGUGUGCCGCCCAGCUGGAGGAGGCCAAGCACUCCGCUGCCGUCAACUUGGCCAAGUACCGAGAGGUGGAGCUGCAGAAGGAAAUGGCUGCCAAGGAGCGCGGAGGAAGGAGAACGUACUAGGUGGCGCUCCUGGCAUCACGCUUUCGACGCGACUGUUGACGGAAGUCGCGUUCGAUGAAAAAACGACGUGGAUUUUGGAUUGAGUUUGGCAUAUUUGGAAUGAAUUUAACCCUUGGCAGAGAUAACCAUAACCGUAGAUUUGUUUGCUCUGUGGCUUAGAAGCGACUUAAAAUUAUGGACAAUUUGUGUUGAGUGUUGUGUGCCUUUUAAAGCUUUCGUCAGUCCCAUGAGCUUAAAAGAAGUCACAGACGCAAUGUUGUUGUCUGCGAAGAUAAGGCUUGGUAUGCGAAUGGUGGAACAAUCAAAAGAAGUCUAUAUGCCAUAACCUUAAAUUGCACUGAACCAGUAUUUUAUAGUACGACAAAAUCAAAGCUGGCGCUAUAGAUGCUAUAGAAAUUAUACUGGUCCUUUGAUCACAUACAAUUCUCUCGGUGGCAAACUUUCGAACGAACAAUGCGAACAAUAUCGACGCCUCUUUCCUAGUGCCAUAUAUACCAGAAGCAAAAAUUUCGUUGUAGAAAUACAAAUACAACUAGUAGGAGAGCUUUACACACUACCUGGCAGUGUGAUUGACAAUGAAAGAUAAUAUGAUUCAGUUAUUUCCCUUUUCUCAUUCAGUAUUGUUUUGUUUCCCUAUUCCCCAAUAUUUUUUGUGAAUUAUGCAGUAGUUUGGAAUAAAUGAGAGAAACGA